AUGGAGAAAGGAUUUCUUGAUGAUCGAGGACAGCUCCACACUCCACUAGAGUACUUUCGCCGGUUCAUAAUAAAUGAAAUGAUUGAGUCCAUUGUUACUUAUGCUAAUCAGUAUAUCGUUCAGAAAACUGGUACAUGUAUAAAUACCACAGUGAAGGAGAGUGAGCAAGUAAUACGACUUGUACUUCGUAUGGGUAUCAUCGAAAUGCCUGGUAUCCGUGUUUACUCUGAAGACAAUACCCGCUAUGGACCUGUGGCAGAUAUAAUUGGAAGGAAAAUAGGACAACACAUUCUAAGGUGUCUGCACUUUGUGGACAAUGAAGCCAUUUUUGAUGAAGGUAAAACUGACAAGCUAUGGAAGAUUCGACCAUCCGAGAUUUUUUGUGAGCCGUGUCCUUUGGCCAUCUCUGGGGAAAAGCAAUCAAUUGAUGAAAUGAUGAUUCCAUUCAAGGGUCUAUUCAGUCAAAUCAAGCAGUGUCUCCGAGGAAAGCCCAAUCCAUGGGGUUUCAAAGGUUGGUGCUGCUGCAGUACUGAUGGAAUGCUUCAUGAUUUCGAGGUGUAUCAAAUGAAAGCAGGGACGAAAGGAAAGAAGAGUUCACUAGGUGUUGCUAGAGAGGUCUUCAGAAAACUAAGUGCUACCCUUCCACAACAGAAAAACUAA